AUUUUGGAGAUACUCUUGAUUUUUCAAUUUCUAAAUUUCGAAGUCUGAACAUUCAAUUUGUCGCUAUCACUUUGCAGAAGAAGGAAGCUAGCAUCGACUAACCCAGGCCCCACGUCGAUCGCUAGCUAGUUUAAAGAUUCAAUCUUCUUAUUGUAAAUGAACAUAGGAAUAAUCUACAAAUUUGGGAACAAUGGAUGGCAGGGGCAGAUCACUCGUCCUUCUCUGUCUUUCAUUUUUGCUGAUUCCUGCUUGUUCUACGACUGACACUUUAGAGCAAGGCAAACAGCUCAGAUAUGGGGAGCUGCUGGAGUCAUCAAACGGUCGCUUCAGGUUAGGAUUCUUCCGGUUUAACAAAGCUCCAGAUAAAUCUUUCUUAGGAAUUUGGUAUAAUGAUAACAGCUCCAAUUAUGAAGUUGACGGAGUUCAGGAACCAGUUUGGAUUGCAAACCGGAACAACCCAAUCUUCAACAGUUCUGGAAUUCUCUCAGUCAACCACAAUGGAUGCCUGCAGAUUUUAUCAGGUGAGAGAGAGUUCAUUGCCUUGUAUCAAACUAGAACUCCAAUUCAGGCGCAUGCCACCCUACGGAACGAUGGCAACUUUGUACUGCAGCAGCUGAAUUCAGAUGGAUCUGUGAAGGGGGAUUUAUGGCAAAGUUUUGAUCAUCCAACGGACACUCUCCUACCAGGGAUGAAACUAGGAUUUAACUUGAAAACUGGGUUGAGUUGGACUUUGACAUCAAAGAGAAGUGACGACUCACCUGCCUCUGGCUCUUUUACACUGGGAAUGGAUCCCAACGACACAAAACAACUGGUCAUAUUGCGGCGAGAUGAUGUAUACUGGAGAAGUGGACAAUGGCAACAUAGCAGCUCUAACUUUCCACACUUAACGUUCGAGCAGGAUUUUGGCUACCGCUUUAGUUUCACUCAAAAUGAGAAUGAAACGUACUUCAAUUUCACUACAAACCCAUCACCGUUCACUUUCCCAAAGAUAAAAGUAGGGUCAGAGGACGCGAUUGCUUUGGAGUUUAUUGGAGACCCGAGUACUCCAGGACUCCCGAUAGUGAUAGUUUCUUGUAAUUAUUAUGCUUAUAGUUCCUCCUUUACGAUGGAAUCCAAUUCUUCAGGAUGCAUAAAGCUAAAGCUUCCCAAGUGCAGGGAUACUACGCUUGAUUACGGUGAUUCCAUCAUCUCGGAGUACGGUUCAAUGUCCAGCCCUGGAUACAGAUUCAGCGAUAGUGAAAACCUGACUAUUGAAGAUUGUAAGGUCAAAUGCUUGCAAAACUGUUCGUGUUUUGCCUUUGCUGCCGCAAAUGUGGAUGGAAGUGGCUGUGAAAUUUGGGUAUCGAGGGCAUUUUUCAAAAUAACAAAGUCUGAACGUGUGAUAUUCAUCCUUCCUUCCAAAGGGAAUAAAUGGUGGCUAUGGCUAACCAUUGUAGUUGGAGGAAUGAUGAUCGUACCCACUGUGUUCUCUAUCUGCUACAUCAUAUGGAAAAAAUGCACAUCAAAUGGGGAUGAAAACAUUAGUCAAAGGACACUAAUAAGAGAAUUGGAAGGCAAUGAUGCGCCUUCUAUCUCAUUUGGAAAGCCGAAAGGUCAUAAGAAAGAUAGAAAUGAGCUCCAUGUCUUCAGCUUUGAAAGCAUUGUCUCUUCUACAAACUAUUUUUCAAGUGCAAAUAAGCUUGGAGAAGGCGGUUUUGGACCAGUUUACAAGGGUAUACUAUUGGAUGGACGAGAAGUGGCAAUUAAAAGGCUUUCGGGAAGUUCAGGCCAAGGAAUGGCCGAGUUCAAGAAUGAAGCACUGCUAAUUGCAAAGCUCCAGCACAUGAAUCUUGUGAGGCUUCUAGGAUUUUGCAUUCAAGGAGAAGAAAAGAUAUUAAUAUAUGAGUAUAUGCCAAACAAAAGCUUGGACUCCUUUCUAUUCGGUAAACUUUCUCUCACUUGACAAUUUUUUGGCGUUUCAUCUGUCACUGGCUGACGAACUUCAUGCUCAUUAAGCUAAAAUUUGACAAUCAGAUUCUGCAAAGAAGAAAGUGUUGAAUUGGAA